AUGUCUUUGAUACCCUGGAUGGACAAUUACGUGGCUAAUAGAAUGCCUAAUCAAAGAAAAAGGUCGUCGGAACGUUCGCUGUGCCCUCAAUAUGUUUUAGAGGAAGCUAGAAGACGAAUAGAAAAUGGUGAAAGCAAAAGAAAAGUAGCAUCGUCGUACGGGAUGAAAGAAAGUACUUUGCGGUAUCGCCUGAAGAGAAAAGAAGCUGCAACAAAGCUUGGUAGAUAUGAUGCAACUCUUUCUCCCGAAAUUGAACAGGAAUUUUGUAAUUAUUUGGAAGAUCUUGACAAUAUGUUUCAAGGGAUGACUCCUAAGAAUUUGAGGAUUGCUGCUUACGAGUUUGUGGUGAAAAAUAAUAUUCCUCAUCGUUUCAAUGCCGAAAAGAAAAUGGCAGGCAAACACUGGCUUCGUGGAUUUCUCAGUCGGCACCCAGAUCUUUCACUAAGACGUCCAACUUCCACAAGUAUUGCUAGGGCGAUGGGAUUUAAUAAGCCACAAUGUGAAAGGUUCUACAAAAAUCUAGCAGAAUUGAUGGACAAGUAUAAGUUUCCUCCAACUUCCAUUUAUAAUAUGGAUGAAACUGGUCUGUCUACCGUACCCAACAAUCCUCCAAGGGUCAUAUCAAAAAAAGGAAAGCGCGCUGUUAAUAAGAUUUCUAGCGCUGAAAGAGGAACGAACGUAACCGUAGUGAAUGCUAUGAGUGCAUCUGGACACUUCAUUCCUCCCGCUUUCAUAUUCGGUCGCAAAAGGAUGAAAGCAGAAUUGCUGGAUGGCGCACCACCAGCGUCUAUUGGAAUGGUCUCAGACACAAGUUAUAUUAAAUAG